GCGCCGGCCGCCUUUGUGAGGGAAAGCGGUGGCGUGGAAUGUUCGCGAAGCCUCCGACGCCAUUGCGCCCCUCAGUGUAGGCCCUCCGCCUAUGGCGACCGGGGCCAACGCGACGCCUCUGGGGAAACUGCAUCCGCCCCCGCCGCCGGGCAAGACCGGCUAUCCGCUUCCUCCUCCCGGAUUAGUGAUGCAAGGCCCGCCGCCUCCGCCGCCACCUCCAGGCCCCGCGCAGGCCCAGCCUCAGCCGGCCAUCCCGAGCCUCAUGGCGGCCGCCGGGUUUCCCUUCGCCGCGUUGCCGCCGCCUCCCCCUCCGCCGCCGCCUCCGCCGCCGCCUCAGCAGCCUCAACCACCCCCGCAGCAGCCUCAGCCGCCGCCGCCGCCACCCCCGCAGGCUCAGCAGCCUCAGCCGGCCCAGUACGGCCAGUACCGCUUUCCUUCGCCCCCGCCUCCCCAGCAGCCGAUGGGCCUCGAGCAGCCGCCGCCGCCCCAGCACCUCCACCUUCUACAGCAGGACGAGGUUGGCCAGGCCGGGGCCGGCAACUCAGAUUACCCUAAUAAAAAGAGGAAGAGGAGCAGGUGGAAUCAAGACACCAUGGAGCAGAAGACGAUCAUUCCUGGCAUGCCCACAGUCAUCCCUCCUGGGCUUACCCGUGAACAAGAAAGAGCUUACAUAGUGCAACUGCAGAUAGAAGACCUGACUCGUAAACUGCGCACAGGAGACCUGGGCAUCCCCCCUAACCCUGAGGACAGGUCUCCUUCCCCUGAACCAAUUUACAAUAGCGAGGGGAAGCGCUUGAACACCCGGGAAUUCCGGACGCGGAAGAAGCUCGAAGAAGAGAGGCACAAUCUGAUAACAGAGAUGGUGGCUCUCAAUCCAGACUUCAAGCCACCGGCUGAUUACAAACCUCCGGCAACUCGAGUGAGCGAUAAGGUGAUGAUUCCGCAGGAUGAAUAUCCUGAGAUUAACUUUGUUGGGCUUCUGAUUGGACCAAGGGGCAACACACUGAAAAACAUUGAAAAAGAGUGUAAUGCCAAGAUCAUGAUCCGGGGUAAAGGAUCCGUGAAAGAAGGAAAGGUCGGACGGAAAGAUGGCCAGAUGUUGCCUGGCGAAGACGAGCCCCUGCAUGCUUUGGUCACUGCCAACACGAUGGAGAAUGUGAAGAAGGCUGUGGAGCAGAUCAGGAACAUUCUGAAGCAAGGCAUUGAGACCCCCGAGGAUCAGAAUGACCUGCGCAAGAUGCAGCUGCGGGAGCUGGCCCGUCUCAACGGGACACUGCGUGAAGAUGACAACAGGAUUCUACGUCCAUGGCAAAACACGGAGACUCGCAGCAUCACCAAUACCACCGUCUGCACCAAAUGUGGGGGAGCCGGACACAUAGCAUCGGACUGCAAAUUUGCCCGGCCUGGCGAUCCCCAGUCGGCGCAAGAUAAAGCCCGCAUGGACAAGGAGUAUUUGUCUCUGAUGGCUGAACUGGGAGAAGCUCCGGUACCGGCUUCCGUGGGAUCCUCUUCCGGACCCUCGAACCCUUCCCUGGCCAGUGGCCCAAGACCGUCGGGGCCAGGAAGCAGCCAGCCGCCUCCUAGCCGCCCCCCCUGGAUGAAUUCUGGCCCUUCGGAAAGCAGGCCCUUCCACAACAUGCACGGGGGCAGCGGGGGCGGCGGCAGCAGCGGGAGCGGCAGCGGGAGCAGCGGCGGGGGACCCACGGGCCCAAGCGGCCCCCACAAUUUCCCUCACCCCAUGUCGAGCAUGGGGGGGCACGGGGGCGGCCACCCAAUGCAGCACAACCCCAGCGGGCCCCCGCCUUGGAUGCAGCCUCACAACCCCCCCAUGAACCAGGGGCCACAUCCCCACGGGCACCCUGGCCCCCACCACAUGGAUCAGUACCUGGGCAAUGCGCCAGUGGGCUCUGGGGCCUAUCGCCUCCAAGGAAAAGGUGAGUUGCGGCUUGACGGGGUCCUGCGAGGCGAGGGAGGGAGGGAGGGGGAGAUCUGGGUCCUCUUGGGGACUGACCUUGGUUAUUUUUUCCUCUCCCCACCCCUGCAGGUGGUGCUCGCCUUGCCCUACGACACCCCCGUGCCUGGGUAUCGCAACAACACAGUCAACACCAUGCGGUUGUGGUCUGCCAGAGCUCCCAACGAGUUCAACCUGAAGGACUUCAAUGUGGGCGGCUAUAUUCAGGCCGUGCUGGACCGGAAUUUGGCAGAAAACAUUUCCCGUGUUCUGUAUCCCAAUGAUAACUUCUUCGAAGGGAAAGAGCUGCGCCUGAAGCAGGAGUAUUUCGUGGUGGCCGCCACGCUGCAAGAUAUCAUCCGCCGGUUCAAAUCCUCCAAGUUCGGCAGCCGUGAUCCUGUCCGCACCUCUUUUGACGCCUUUCCAGACAAGGUCGCCAUUCAACUCAAUGACACGCAUCCUUCGUUGGCCAUCCCAGAGCUGAUGAGGAUUUUGAUGGAUAUUGAGAAGCUGGAGUGGGAUAAGGCCUGGGACGUCACUGUGCGCACCUGUGCAUACACCAACCACACCGUGCUGCCUGAGGCACUGGAGCGCUGGCCCGUCCACCUCCUUGAGACCCUCCUGCCCCGUCACUUGGAGAUCAUCUACGAAAUCAACCAACGUUUCCUCGACAAAGUCUACACCACCUUCCCGGGAGACCUCGACCGGCUGCGCCGCAUGUCCAUGGUGGAAGAAGGAAGCGUCAAACGGAUCAACAUGGCGCAUCUCUGCAUCGUGGGCUCCCAUGCGGUCAACGGAGUUGCCUGGAUCCACUCUGAGAUCCUGAAGGCCACUGUAUUUAAAGAUUUCUACGAAUUCGAACCGCACAAGUUCCAGAACAAAACCAAUGGCAUCACGCCCCGUCGGUGGCUGGUUUUGUGCAACCCUGGGCUGGCUGAGGUCAUAGCUGAGCGCAUUGGAGAAGACUAUAUCGCGGAUCUGGAUCAGCUGAGGAAACUUCUCAAUUUCGUGGAUGACGAAAGUUUUAUCCGGGAUGUGGCCAAAGUCAAACAGGAGAACAAGUUGAAGUUUUCCGCCUACCUGGAGAAGGAAUACAAGGUCAAGAUCAAUCCCAACUCCCUCUUCGACGUGCAGGUGAAGCGGAUCCACGAGUACAAGAGGCAGCUGCUCAAUUGCCUGCAUGUCAUCACCCUUUACAACCGAAUCAAGAGGGAACCUAACAAGCACUUUGUGCCACGGACAGUCAUGAUUGGAGGCAAGGCGGCUCCUGGCUACCACGUGGCCAAAAUGAUCAUCAAGCUGGUAACCGCCAUCGGAGACAUCAUCAACCAUGAUCCCAUCGUUGGUGACCGGCUGAAGAUGAUCUUCUUGGAAAACUACCGAGUCUCCCUGGCUGAAAAGGUGAUCCCUGCAGCUGAUCUUUCUGAGCAGAUCUCAACAGCCGGCACCGAAGCUUCGGGAACCGGGAACAUGAAAUUUAUGCUGAAUGGGGCUCUGACCAUUGGCACCAUGGAUGGCGCCAACGUGGAGAUGGCAGAGGAAGCCGGAGAGCAAAACCUGUUCAUUUUUGGCAUGCGCGUGGAGGAUGUGGAUGAGAUGGACAAGAAAGGCUACUGCGCCAAGGAUUAUUAUGACCAGAUCCCUGAACUGAAGCAAGCCAUGGACCAGCUGAGCAACGGCUUCUUCUCACCCAAGCAGCCGGAUCUCUUUAAGGACAUCGUUAACAUGCUCAUGUACCACGACCGGUUUAAAGUUUUUGCCGACUACGAAGCUUACAUUAAAUGUCAAGAAAAGGUCAGCGCCCUUUAUAAGAACUCCAAGGAGUGGACGAAGAAGGUGAUCCGGAACAUUGGGACUUCUGGAAAGUUCUCGAGCGACCGCACCAUCGCCCAGUAUGCCCGUGAGAUCUGGGGGGUCGAGCCCACCCGCCAAAAGAUCCCUGCCCCCGAUGAGCCUCGGGAAUGAGCACCCACCACCCUCCGUCCUCCUGCCCUGUUACCCCCAGCAACUGGGGGGGCUCGGCUGCAACACAGUUCUCCAUCUCGGCCAAGCCCCCAACGUGUCACCGAGGGGGGGGGAUGUGUUAGGAAGAACCCCUCACCUUCCUAGCCCCCCUCCCCUCGGUAUGUAUUUUUUUAAAAUUCACCAUCCCCCUUUCCUUUGUAUUUCCUUCUGUGCUUCCUUCCCUUCCUAGCGUGAGAAAAAGCUUCUUUUUCAGCUUUUGAAGGCGGAGGGUCUUCAAAACAGCCAGGCCCAGCAGGGGAAGGAGAGUUGGUUGUUCAGCUCAGCAAAAAACAACAACAACACAAUCCUUCCGGUCAUUGUGAAAUGAGGAAAGGGGUUUGCAAACCGGAAGAUAGAAGCAAAAAGGAAAAUUACAAAUAAAGCUUUUAAAA